AUGCCAUUGAUCGAUAUUCGGAUGGACUAUCAGGAGACAAAGGGAGCUGAAGAGUUACGAUGCGCCAUGUUAGGAUCUGGAUUCACGUUCAACGUUUUGGCCCAAAAGAUAAAUGCCGAUGACAACAACGAACAAAAAGUGACUGUAUGCGAUCACUCGGUUCCUGAGAUCGACUUAAGUCAAGGAUAUUUAAAAGCUCAACAUGUGAUCAAUUGCGACGAUCCGUUUGAGCAACAAAAUCUGAACGAUCUAUAUGAAACGUUCCAGCCAACUGGGCGCGACGUCUACUCAAAAUUAGCGUCAAUCGUUCGAGAGGUUUUGAUAAGAGCAACGAUGCCAGCUCCAUUGAUUUGGCUGUAUUCAUAUACACCAAAUCAAAAAACAAAUACAAAGUCAUCUCGUGCCUUUUCGUUUGAGCGCUUUCCCGAUCAAGUCGCAUCCUCCAUAAUAGAAUUUUUGUACGAUCUUGUCGAUCUACACAUACCGCCAGACUUUUUGUCACACAAAAACUGCGACACUAGCGCCCCAUUUUUCAUCCUUCUCGGCGAAAAUAAUGACGAAAGACGAAUCGAACUCGAACAUCGGAUGGAACGUCGAAUGAAGCUGAAGCGCCGUUUCAACGAAAUGCUCACCAAUACAUUGACGUAUAUACGUGAGUACUGUUACGAUGUCGGCAACAAAAGGCUAAUCAGUUGCAAGAACGGCGAUCAUACUGAUGGCCAUAUUCGUUGGAAUAAAUGGAAAAAGGCCUUGAUGGAGAAGAACCAAGAGGAGAUCGACUCCAUUCAGUCAACCAUGACAACCGAUUCGAUCACGUUUAAUCAUAUUCUAGGACAGGGACGUGUCAAUCAACUCGGCGGCGUUUUCAUCAAUGGUCGGCCGCUUCCGUUGCAGAUCCGCGAAGCGAUUAUAUCAAUGGCGAAACAGGGCAUCAAGCCGUGCCAUAUUAGUCGACAGCUGAAAGUCUCGCACGGCGCCGUCAGCAAAAUUCUGAAUCGCUACGCGGAAACGGGAUCAAUAUCACCGGGACAGAUUGGCGGCAAUCCGCGCGCGCGACUCACCGUCCAAGCCGUCGAAAAACAAUUAAUAAUCGCGUUCGAGGAGAAUCCGCACAUGAGCGCCAGCGAGCUUCGCGAGGUUCUCAUUCAGAAAGAAGUGUGCACCCGAAGCAACGUGCCAUCGGCAAACGCCAUCAGCAAAAUGAUACGCUCUCGUGGAUUGCUGCGCGAGAAGAAGAUGGAGAGGAAGCGGCUGAGCUACAGCAUCGACAGCAUUCUAGGAAUCUCAAUAGAUGAGUGUAACAAAUCGAGUUCCGAUGAUGAUGAGUGUUCAUCGACGUCGCCGUCGUCAGCCACCGGAGAAUCAGCGAGACGCAAUCGCACCUCAUUCACCUCCGAUCAAUUGGAUGCACUGGAAGCGGCAUUCAAGGCGAACACCUAUCCGGACGCUGUUGAGCGCGAGGCGAUCUCCAAAGAGACCGGAUUAAGCGAGGAGAAGAUCAUGACGUGGUUCUCGAAUCGUCGCGCGCGCUGCCGAAAACACAUUCCCGCCUAUCAGCAAAUGUACAACUCGACAAGCACGUUCGGCGCGUCGACGUCGCCGGUCGCCGCACUUCAAUACCAUCAGAUGCUCGCGCAGCCGUUGCUCUUCAAUCCGCUGCUGUUCCCGACGACAAACUUCUUGCAAACCACCACCACCGGUAACGAUCGCUAUUAA